UGCAGAUCCCGGGACAGGCAUACUGAUUUGCUGCUUAAAGUCCUUUACAAUGGGGUGUGAAUACUUAGGACAUUUUGAGUGUUGGUGACGACCUAGUCAUGGCGCAAUCUUCAGAUUUAAGUGCUGUGGGGGUUCCUGAUCCUGAGGACAACACUCCAAAUAUGAUUGUCUACAGAAAAAUUGAAGAUAUCAUCACAAGAAUGCAAGAUGAUAAAGCAGGCGGUGUGCCGAUCCGAACAGUCAAAAGCUUCCUGUCUAAAAUCCCAAGCGUGGUAACAGGUAGCGACAUUGUUCAGUGGCUGAUGAAGAGCCUCAAUGUUGAAGACCCAGUGGAAGCAAUACAUUUAGGAAGCCUUAUAGCUGCCCAGGGUUAUAUCUUUCCCAUAUCAGAUCACGUUCUAACACUGAAGGAUGAUGGCACCUUUUAUCGGUUUCAGGCUCCAUAUUUUUGGCCAUCUAAUUGCUGGGAACCAGAGAACACAGACUAUGCUAUCUAUCUAUGCAAGAGAACAAUGCAGAACAAAGCAAGACUGGAGCUAGCAGAUUAUGAAGCCGAAAAUUUAGCAAGACUGCAGAGGGCAUUUGCACGGAAAUGGGAAUUCAUAUUUAUGCAAGCCGAGGCUCAAGUCAAGAUUGACAGAAAAAAAGAUAAAACUGAAAGAAAAAUUCUGGACAGUCAAGAGAGAGGAUUCUGGGACGUACAUCGACCCGUGCCUGGUUGUGUGAACACAACAGAAAUGGAUAUCAGAAAGUGUCGUCGAAUGAAGAAUCCCCAAAAGGUCAAAAAGUCAGUAUAUGGAGUUUCAGAAGAUUCUCAAUCACAAAGCCCAGUGCAUAUGGCAUCUCACGUCAUUAGAAAAACAACAAAAGAUGACUUGCGAAAACAGAUUAGUUUCCUGAAUGUGCAGAUAGACCGACAUUGUUUAAAAAUGUCCAAAGUAGCUGACAGCUUUAUUGCUUACUCUGAACAAUAUACGGAGUAUGAUCCUUUUCUCACUCCAGCCGACCCUUCCAAUCCCUGGAUAAGUGACGAUGCAACUUUUUGGGAUUUAGAAGUUAGCAAAGAGCCCAGUCAGCAACGUGUAAAAAGAUGGGGUUUCUGUCUUGAUGAAGUACUCAAAGACCCAGUUGGCCGGGAGCAAUUUCUUCGUUUCCUUGAAUCAGAGUUCAGUUCUGAAAACCUCAGGUUUUGGUUGGCUGUUCAAGAUUUAAAGAGACAACCCUUGCAGGAAGUUCCCAAAAGAGUUGAAGAAAUAUGGCAAGAGUUCUUGUCUCCUGGAGCACAAAGUGCCAUCAAUUUAGAUUCCCACAGCUUUGAAAGGACAAGCCAAAACGUCAAAGAUGCAGGGAGGUACACGUAUGAAGAUGCACAGGAGCACAUCUACAAGUUGAUGAAGAGUGACAGUUAUGCACGUUUCCUGCGUUCUAACGCCUACCAAGAUUUGUUGCUCAUGAAGAAGAAGGGCAAGUCUUUGACAUCCAAGCGCCUCACUGGCCUCAUGCAAUCUUCCUGACAACCCAGUGCAGAAGAGCAGUAACUAGUCACCUAUCACGAUCCAAAUGAGGACCAGUUUUAGGCAAGAACAUGGGUCACUGUGAAAGCAAAAAUAAUGAACGAAACAUGGGAUCUGUUCAGCCCCCAGCAGAUGUUCUUUUGUCCCUCGUUUACAUCAACACUAUCUGCUUGAGCAGCUUUAUGAUGGCCAGAAGCUGCCAAGAACUAUUUUGUGUUUUUAAUUUUAUUUUUGGGAUCACACACUGCGGUUAUUUGAGGGUCAACAAAGGAGGUUGUUUUUAGACUAAAUCAGCAAUAACACAAGAAGACAAGACCAAGAUCAAUAUGAAACUUAUAUAUCUUAUCUACUUGGCAUUCAGCUGCAACUGAUAUUUCCACCACAUGUAAAUCACCUUUGCAUCUUUUCAAGUUUAAAAGGUGAACCAGAAACUUCUACUCCUUAAAACAUUAAUGGGUUGGUUUCUCUUGUGACCUCUGCUGCAGACAUUUCACUUUAUUUUUGUGUGUCCCCAUCAAAGAGACAACUGAAACAUUUGUUCCAUGUAGUCUAUCCUUCCAAACGCAUGAUGCUGUUCCAAAGAUAGCGUUACCAGUCAAGGUUAAACACAAAGUUGUUGGAUGAGCCUAUAUAGCAACUCAUGUUAAUUUCUAUUUUAAAUAUUUUUUUUUUAUCUUCUUUUUUGUUUGCCUCUGCAUGCAUUUCAAGUAAAAUCUGCACUGUUGUCCACUCAGUAAAAUUCACUUUCUCUUCCAGUAUAGCUCAUCAAUUGUGAAUUCACAUAAGCCAGAGGCUUGUAACAUUUUUGGGAAAUAUCAGACUUUCAGAUAAGACAUACAGACUUUUAUUUCACAAAUAAUCAACUGAAGUAUAUUCAUUAGAAGAAGAAAAAAAAGGUAAUAACUUUAGGUAUACUCUAGUAGAAAUGCAAGACCUUUCCCGAACUUAGCUGGACGUAACAGAACAUAUGUAGUAUAAAUAUUAGACUCCAUCUGGACUAGAUUUUCUAACAACAUGUCACCAGUUAGAAUAAAAUGUCAUGACCCUACAUGGGCACAGUCUCAAUGUCAUUAUUAAAUGCUGUUGGCUUUGUGGGUUUCUGUAGCAUUUGGGGUUUCCUUCAAAAAGAAAAAUUAAAUUACAGUAGUAAAAUUAUUUGAAAGCAAACCGGGAUCUAAUGUAUAAAUUGUCUUCAUAUUUAAUUUGCCUUGUUUCCAAAAAAAGUGAAUAUUCCUCUGUUUACUUGAUGCAUAAAACACUCAAGACUGUA